AUGGUUGGAUGGAGCACGAGGAGCUAUAUUAAAAAACCAAUAUUACGUGCAUUAAAAACUAAUUUUACGAAGUCCAAGAAAACAUUAUUGAUAAAUACAAGGUUAAUGGACACAAAUUCUGGUGAUUGUAAAAUUGGUUUUUAAUGUGCGUAGUAUUGCUUUUUCUUAUGUAGCUCGUCCUGCUCCAUCCAACCAUGAAGAAAAAAGAAAAAUAUAUGCUGUUGUAAUUUUGUAAUGUGGUCAUAUGGCAAAUUGAAUAUCUUGGGAAUUCGAAUACUUCGGUCUGUAUAUACUAUGCGCAACUUAUAAUUUAAAACACUUAGUUCGAUAGUGAGAUCAUUAAUUUGAUUCGAAUAUAAUUAAUUUUCUUAACUUACAUUAUUACAUGACCUUCUAUUGUAAACUUUUUUUACCUAAAAUUCGAUUUUUGUUUGUGACACACAUAUAUGUUGAAGUAACUACAUCAAGAUGAAUCCAGCAGCAGUAAAAACUUGCUUUGUUUUGUCAUCUUUUACUUAUUUGAAUCUAAUUUUCUUCUAGUCUUACUUGCAAUUAUGAUCUUUUUUCAAUAUUGUGCCUAACACACAAUUUCUCUCGAUGUCUUAUUAAAAUUUUCGUAGAACUAUUUUUAUAAUAAGGGGAGCACACUUGUAAAACCAAAGAAUGUAGUUAUAACACAAGUUUUUAUAAUUUUGAUCAAUACGACAUUAUAAUUGAGUUAUUACAGUUAAUUAUUUGCUAGUAAUGCGGUGGUUUUUAAUUAAUGUCAGUAAUAAAAAGGAAAAAAAAAUCGACUUGCCUUAAACCGGUUGAAAAGUUAAUGCACCAUCUGUGAAGGAAUAUGUUUCUGAUGAAAGUAGAAAGAAAUCUUCAACUUUAGAUAGCAAAAGCAUCCAUCUACUAAAAAUAUUUCAUUUUCUAUGUAUCUUACAUAGAUGUUUCUUAUUAGCGACAUUUUUUUCCUUGCUAGUCGAAUUAGGAACAGUGCUCCUCAUACGAACUAGUCGCAAACUACCGCUAAUUACUCAUUUAAUUUUUGAAGAUAAUUGAAUAAGUUUUGCAUCAUUCGAUUCAGCAGACUUUUCUUUACUCAAUAAUAUUAUAAUAUUAUAAUUUUCUUUCAAGUUGUCUGAAACAGAAAGAACACUUUCGAGUCUUCAAAGAAAAGCAGAUCUUGUUACGAACAUUCACUGUAGCCUCUUAGUUGAGAGUAGCGAAGUUCUCUUCGAUGAAAAUUGGUUUUUGUGAUGGCAGUCACCUUUAGAAAAACUAUAGUCCAAUUAAUUUUUAAUUGCCCUUGGUUACCCACUCCUCAAAAUAAUUUUGCUUUGAAACGACCCAUGACCAAAAAAUUCCUGGAUAUGCCAUUGGUCUCAGAAGUAAUUUUAAAGUUUUUCAUAAAUGUUGCGUUUUGUUUUUUGCAUUAGAGAACUACGUUAAGAUUCGAAGUCAAAACUAGAGUACUGACGUUCAAGGCUCUAUAAAUUCGAAUAGGAAGACAAAAAACGGGUAUGGAUGUAGGCAGGGCCCGCGCGAAGGAUCAAAUAUUAGGGGGGUGUACGGCG